CCGCUGAAACAAUGGGUGGAAGGAGAGAAAUGGGAAGAGAGAGAAUUCCCAAUCUAAGUUGUCGUUAUUAUUACAUCGUGGAACCUUUUACUGGACGUCCCUCUCUCAGAAAGAUUUAUUCAAGAUAAAAAGGAAUAUAGCAGAGGAGCUCCGCAUCCUCUUGAGUCAGGUUUAGCUCCUUAAAUUCUUCUUGGAAGACUUUGGGGCUCCUCUUGAUGGGUGCUCCAAAGCAGAAGUGGACCUCAGAAGAAGAAGCUGCUCUUAAGGCUGGGAUUAAGAAACAUGGAGCAGGCAAAUGGCGCACAAUACUGAAAGACCCAGAAUUCAGUGGCGUAUUGGCUUUGCGUUCAAAUGUGGAUCUGAAGGACAAGUGGAGGAAUAUGUGUGUCAUGGCAAAUGGGUGGGGAUCCAGGGAGAAGGCUAGAUUAGCACUCAAAAGGAGCCAACAGAUCCCAAAACACGAUCGUAACCCAAUGGCACUCAGUACAGUAGUUCAGAGUGAUGAAGAAAUUGUUGAUGCUAAACCUCUUGCAAUCUCUGGUAGUGACACAUUGCAGAUUGCUGGCCUGAAAAAAUCUGCAUCAUCAAGGUUGGACAAUCUUAUAUUGGAAGCUAUAACCAAUUUGAAGGAGCCUAGUGGUUCUAACAAGACUUCUAUUGCUUUAUAUAUUGAGGACCAGUGCUGGGCACCUCCAAACUUCAAAAGGCUAUUGUCAGCGAAAUUGAAGUUUUUGACAGCAAGUGGGAAAUUGAUUAAGGUAAAGCGUAAGUACAGGAUUGCUCCAAGGUCAGCUUUCUCAGACAGAAGAAGAAGCUCCGGGGUGCUACUCCUGGAGGGAAGGCAGAGGGAUUCUUCAAGAGAUGAAAAGGAUGAUAUCAAAUUAUUUUCCAAAUCCCAAAUUGAUGCAGAUCUAUCUAAGAUGAGAAGUAUGACAGCAGAGGAGGCUGCUAUAGCUGCAGCUCGAGCUGUUGCAGAAGCAGAGGCAGCCAUUGCAGAAGCUGAGGAGGCAGCAAGGGAGGCAGAGGCAGCAGAAGCCGAUGCAGAAGCAGCCCAAGCUUUUGCUGAAGCAGCAAUGAUGACAUUGAAAGGCAGAAAUGCUUCAAAGAUGACGAUCUCUGCAUACUGAAACCUCACAAAUCGGCUAUCAGGAAUUCAUGAAAAUCCAUCCAAGCUUGGAGAACAUCUUGACUUGGACCGACAUCAACAUUUCUCUAUGUUUCUGUAAACAUGUAUGUAAAUAUGUAAGGCUUGAUUUUGUAAUGGUAGCAUGCAGUUUGCUUGUAUAAUGGUUAGUAAGUAUUCAGAAUUUGUCUAUGGUGAUGAAACAAAAAUAUCUAAAUCAUUUUCUUUGACAAACAGUCCAUGUUUCUAACA